GAGAGGGUUAAAGGGGUAUCAACUUUCAAUAUUGGUAUCCAUAGUUGGAGUGAGUAGAAAUAAUGGAGGAAGCACUUAAUAAGAUGGUGAUGAAAGUUGAUCCUUCUUCAACAACAUACUGUGUUACUGGAGCCACUGGGUAUAUUGGUUCAUACCUUGUAGAGAUUCUUCUUCAAAGAGGCUACAAAGUUCAUGCCACUCUCAGAGAUCCUGAAAAAUCACUACACCUAAUGUCAGUGUGGGGUGGAGGUGACCGAUUGAGAUUGUUCAAAGCAGAUUUGAAUGAAGAAGGAAGCUUCGAUGAGGCUCUAAAAGGCUGCGAUGGUGUUUUUCAUGUUGCAGCUUCUAUGGAAUUCAACGUUGAUGACAAACAAAACAUUGAAUCCUAUGUUCAAGAAAACAUAAUAGACCCUGCAAUCAAAGGAACCUUAAACCUUCUGAAUUCAUGCUUGAAGUACAAGAAUUCAGUAAAAAGGGUUGUGUUCACAUCUUCCAUAAGUACCAUAACUGCCAAGGACAAUGAUGGAAAAUGGAAACAAACAGUUGAUGAAUCUUGCCAACUACAACCUCAUCAUGUAUGGAACACUCAAGCAAGUGGAUGGUGUCAGGUUUAUGCACUUUCAAAGCUUCAAAGUGAAGAAGCAGCAUUUAAAUUUGCAAAAGAGAACGAAAUUGAUCUUGUGUCAGUUAUAACAACCACUGUUGCAGGCCCAUUUUUCACGGCCAAUGUACCUUCCAGUCUUAAAGUUCUUCUCUCACCAAUUACAGGUGAACCUCAAUUUUACAAGAUAUUAAAUGCUGUGAAUUCAAGAAUGGGGUCAAUAGGUUUGGUUCACAUUGAAGACAUAUGCAAUGCACACAUAUUUCUAAUGGAGAAUGAAAAAGCACAAGGUAGAUACAUAUGCAGCAGCCUAAGUUGUCCAUUGUCAAAGUUGGCUAAUCUUCUUCACCAACACUAUUCUCACCCAAACAUCAAAAGGGUUGCUGAGAAUAAUUAUGACAAAGUUCCUUGUGAGAUUUCCUCAAACAAGUUAAAUGAUCUUGGAUUUAGCUACAAGCAUGGCCUUGAAGAUAUAAUCAAUCAAACAAUCAUGUGUUGUUUAGAUUAUGGUUAUUUACCUCCUAUUAGCUAAUACAGUCUCUUAAUACUAUUGUACAUGAUUUUAUUGUAAGGAAAUCCUGGAGUUUUGUCCACAAAUUAUAACUUACUGUGUACUUAAAACCCUCUAAGUUUGAAUAAUUAAUGUCAAUUAUGGUGGCCAUAUGGUCCCGGAAAUUUUCAGCGCGUUAUCCACGGCGCAAUUGCAUCGACCGGAGGGCAUUGAUGAGUUCAAGAACAGAGAGGAAUCUAUAAUUGCAUCUUAUCUGAUUCAACAAACUUUUAAAUGCUGGUUGGUCCAUGUUGAGUUUGUAUAGUAAGAAUAAAUGUAAAGGUGAAGAACCUCUUGCAUCUUGAUUCUGAUAAAUUAAUUUGAGUCUACAAUGUGAACCAA